GAUAAGACGUUUUUCCUCAAACAAACGAUAUGACUCAGUUUCGCUCAUCUCCUUGGUGAGCACUUACAUUUAUAAACAAAGCUGUGAUGUGAUAAAACAAUAUUAAAAAUGAAAGGGAUCACUGUGUUUGUGCUAUUUUUGGUUCUGUGUGUACAUUUGUUCGAAGCUAAAGACUUGGUACUCGGUACAAGAUUGAAUAACUUGCUAAUCUCUACAGAGAAAGUUGUGUACAACAAAAUACCGUUAAUAAGGAGGGAUAAGGAUUACACCUACACUGAUCCCAAGCAACGUAUUAUCAAGGGCAUUAUCGCGCGCGAUCUGUCACGAAGCGACGCGGAGGUGACUGUGACGGACGGCGGCGUGGGCGAAGCGUACGUCAAGCUGCAUUUAAGAAGCGAGAGAGGCGUCGGACUCAACUAUCUCAUACUGAUAUUUACUGAUAACAAAUAAUAAAUAGUUUCCUAGAGUAAUCCUAAAAGUGA